UGAUAGAAGAAAUUAUGUUGAGAUUACCUGUGAAAUCCCUUGUUCGAUUCAAGUGUGUGUGUAAGUCAUGGCUUUCUCUAAUUUCUAAUCCUCAUUUUGCAAAAUCGCAUUUUGAACUAUCUGCCACACCCUCAAAUAGAGUACUCUGCGUAGCAUCUUCUGGUAGCGAAGCUCUAUCCAUUGAUGUUGACGCAUCGCUUCAUGAUGAUUCUGCUCUUGUGAGCCUUGUUUCCCCGCGUCCACAGCCUGGUGAACCUGUUGCGAUUUUUGGUUCGUGUAGAGGUUUCUUACUUUUAGGAAGAGACGAAAACCCUAAUCUCUAUCUGUGGAAUCCAUCAACUGGUUUCCACAAACAACUAUCGUGCCCUGAGAUUGUAAGAAAGAAAUAUAUUUAUCCGCAGCCAUACCUUAUUGGUUUUGGAUAUGACCCUUCCACUGAUGACUACUUGGUAGUUGUGUUAUGCCAGGACGAUUCGGUGUUUUUCUCUUUCAGAACCAAUUCAUGGAAAAAAUUCAAUACUCCCUUUCAGCAUCGCCUCUAUCAAUAUCGAGUGAUCUAUACUCGAUCUGGAUUGUUCUUUAAUGGUGCUAUUCAUUGGUUGGCUCACUCUCCUAUUAAAAUUAAACAUGUAUUGGUUAAUGUAAUUAUUGUCUUUGAUUUGAUAGAGAAGAAUUUAUCCCAGAUAUCUUUGCCAAGAUCUUAUUUCUCUGAUCGUGUAUUUCGUCAUCGUUUGUGUAUAAUGGGAGGGUGUCUUACUCUAUGUUGCUGGGACGUUGAUUCAACUUACGUGUGGAUGAUGAAAGAAUAUAAAGUGGAGUCAUCUUGGACUUUGUUUGUGAUUCAUAAUAGGAAAAUUUCACCUCUAUGCUUUGCCAAAGGUGGUGAACUUGUUGCAUUCAGUUGUCAUUCUGAAUUGAAAUUUCACGAUAAGGGAAAGUUUCUAGAACUGAUGAAAUUUAAUGAUGAGGGAAAUUCUCUGGAACUGAUGAAAUUUAAAGACAAGGGAAAUUUUCUAGAAAAUGGCAAGUAUUCUUAUGAUAUUUAUCCGUGCAUGGCAGCUAUGCAUACAGAGAGUCUGCUGUCACUCCCGAGUGACUGUGGUGUAAGCAUGAAAACACCACCAACAGAGACAAACCAGAAGAAUUGCGAAGCUGGGGAGAUAGUUCAAUCAUGAACGAGAACGGUUAGGAUUUAGGAAUGAAUCUUCUGCAAUGGAUUUUUAAGUAUUUAGAACUGUAGAUUUAUAUUGUCUAUGCAUACAUUCUCAUGAAGUCAAGGUACAUUUUGAUUAACUCGCAAGUUGCAUACAGUUCAAGUGUUUAAGUUACUUUAUUCUAUUUUUUGGCCUUUGGAUCAUUGAUAAAUUAAUGCUCUAUC